CAGUGAAACGCAAUGCAUGGUGAACUCACAGCGGACCGGUCCGCUAAACCGACAUGAGAAACGUGUGGGUUUUAAACGUCAACAAAAAUCAGAGUUUCAGUCUACCGUGAUAAAACCUCCAAAUCGUCCAAAACGCACAAGAGACGCUCUUUUGUUGAUUUCUCCGUCGCGGUGGCCGCCAUUUUGCUCAACCCACUUCCGUACUUCACCGGAGGAGGAAAAGACGACAGAGACAACGUUACUAACCAGGGGAUUCGUGAAUUCUAUAUCUUGUAUUACAUUAAUGCUAACCAUUUUUACUCAAUGGUGCGCCGUGUGUUGUCUCUGCGGUCCUCUACAGCCAGCAAUAAAAGGAUGACGUAGUCAAAAUGUAAUGAAUACUGUUGGAUUUAUAUUAAUUAUCUGAUAAUAUAUUACUGUGUUGUAUUCGUUAAUAUUGUGAUGUUUCACCGAUGUGUACUGAAUACAUUUCACUCGCCAAAACAAACUGCUCUUCGGCUGUCUCCGUCAAUCACGUGAUCAGGUCGGAGCUUUCCGCUGAGCCGCCACUGUCAAGAUGGCUGACCACCAUCAUCAUCAUCAUCAUCAUCGUCACAACUUCUCUCUGUGCUUCUGUGACUUCAUGAGGCUGCUGUGGUCGCUGAUGGUUCCCUGCCUGGUUCUCAGCCUGGUGCUGACUCUUCUCCUGCUACUGCUCCUGCUGGGGCUUCGCGUUUGGCUGCAGGGCCGCCGGAGAGCGCGUCGCACUCUGGACGGUGGCCCGGCGGUGGCGUUCUUCCAUCCGUACUGCAACGCUGGAGGAGGCGGGGAGAGGGUCCUCUGGUGCGCGCUGAGGGCCCUCAUGCACCGCUAUCCCAGCGUUUCCUUCGUGGUGUAUACGGGUGACCAAGGAGUGACCAGCGCUCAGAUCCUGGAGGGGGCCACACGGCGGUUCAACAUCAAGCUGCCCAGACCUGUCAGUUUCAUCUUCUUGCGACACCGUGCUCUGGUGGAGGCCGCCUCCUACCCUCACUUCACUCUGUUGGGCCAGAGCGCCGGCUCCAUGUUCCUGGGCUGGGAGGCUCUGAUGGCCUACGUUCCUGACCUGUACAUGGACUCCAUGGGCUACGCCUUCACCCUGCCUAUCUUUCGUUACCUGGGGGGCUGUCAGGUGGCCAGCUAUGUUCACUAUCCCACUGUUAGCACUGACAUGUUGUCUGUGGUGAGAGAUAGGAACCCCAGGUUUAACAACGCGGACUUCAUCUCCAGAAACCCGUUGCUGAGCGCCGCAAAGGUGGCGUAUUACUGCUUCUUCGCUCUGCUCUACGGCCUGGUCGGCUCCUGCAGCGACGUCAUCAUGGUCAACUCCACGUGGACGUUGGGGCACAUUCUAGCGCUGUGGAGGUCCCCCAGCCGCACCAGCGUGGUCUACCCGCCCUGCGACAUCAAAGCCUUUCUAGACGUGCAGCUGGGCGAGGACGACGAAGAAGUGGACGAUGGUUGGGAGGAGCUGGGAGGCGAGGAGGAUGGCGCAGGGUACAGGAAGCGCCACUCCAUCGUGUCUGUGGGUCAGUUCCGGCCGGAGAAGGACCACCAGUUGCAGAUCAGAGCCUUUCAUAAGCUGCUGGGUGGGAAGGAGCAGGGUCCGAUGGGGCGGGAGUCUCUGAGGCUGGUGCUGAUCGGGGGCUGCAGGAACGAGGAGGACGAAGAGAGGGUGCUCAUGCUGCGCGGGCUCUGUAAGGAGCUUGGCGUGGAAGACCGUGUGGAUUUUAAACUCAACGUUCCCUUUGAGGAGCUGAGGAGGGAGCUGGUGGACGCCACCAUUGGUCUGCACACCAUGUGGAACGAACACUUUGGCAUCGGUGUGGUGGAGUGCAUGGCGGCCGGCACCAUCGUUCUGGCCCACAAUUCCGGCGGUCCCAAACUGGACAUUGUCGUGCCGUACGAGAGCGGACCGACGGGCUUCCUGGCCGACAGUGAGGACGGUUAUGCGGCCGCCAUGGAAACCAUCCUGGCGCUGUCAGCGGCUGAGAGGAUGGAGAUCCGACGCAACGCACGGCGCUCUGUGUCACACUUCUCUGACCAGGAGUUUGAGGCCUCAUUCCUCGCAGCCACCGACACACUAAUGAGCAAAUUGGAGCGAUGAGAGCGAGCGGCGUCGAGCUGCCAGGGACCCAAACUGUUCUUUCCGUGAAAAUACAUAAGUUAAGAACUAGUUUCAAGUCAGUGAGGGUGUCUGAAGUGAUGUCGCCAAAGUGUUUGUUUGGCCUUUAUACUCGGGUUACGUGACAAACAAAGACGAGGCGCACCAAAGAAGACGGAACCAGGAACCAGUGGACCGCCGCCAUGUUUCCUUCCGCAUGCUGCUGAGAGCUGUUAGACCAAAAAAACAAUCUUGUUAGAUCUUUAAAGUACAUUUGUUACAAACCUUUUAAUGUUUUCUAUGUAGAAGAUUCUGCUAAAACCACCAAUGAAUGAAGCCUAAUUUAAUUAUUCUAAUUAGUUUUACCUGCAAAUUAAUCUUGAUUGACUUUGGUGUUUCCAAGCGUUUAUUAUUUAAUAUUUAUGGUGUGUGAAAAUGUCUCUCCUGCCGGUUAUUUCUUGUAACAAUUAGCUUUCUGUGCUGAUAAAGAGAAUUAUCUAACUUUUACUUUCCUGGAUGUGUUAUGUGUUGAUUGCUGGCCGGAUACUUUAUAUAAAUGUUCUUGCAUAGCUAUGAUGAACUCCAAGCAUGGGUGGAAAUAUAGUUUUAUGUAUAGCCGUACUGUUCAAAGUCUGGCUGUUACUGCUUGUUUGUUUUUGGUUUUUUUGGCCCACAGUAAAGUAUCUACCUCAAUUUGCAUAGUUCGGGAAAAUUUCAAGAAAUUGCAAAU